GCGGCGAUGAUGAUCUGGAAUUAAAGAUAGAUUCCAUUGUAGAAGGCUGUGAUAACAUCAAGAGGGGACAUUUAUCAGAGGAAGUUGUGGAAAUGCCAAGUCCAUGCUGGGAGUUGGAUGAUAUGUGCUAUAAGAACAAUUGGAGACUGCCAACUUAUCGUGUAUCAGCAUUGGAUGGUGGAUUUCAGGCUAGCAUAACUCUAAAAGAGAUGGAUUUUCAGUUAACAAGUGAGGGAGAUGCGCGUUCGACAACCCAAGAAGCAAGGGAAUCUGCUGCAAGACAGAUCUUGGCCAAGUUGUGCAAUGUGGCAAGUCUGGCUCACUAGUGAUGGAAAUCCCAAUUUAGAGACACUAAAACCAUUUUUACUCCUUUUGGUAUCUAUAGAACGGGGCAAAUCUGGCGUUGGCUCACUACUUGACGAAAUAUCAGUUUACUUGUGAGACACUAGGACUUUUUCUUCAGCUUCGGUUAUGGUCACCUGUGAUAUUGUUAAGGUGACUAAUAUUCUACUCUUGUUUUGUUAAAUUACUUCUUUGCUCACACAAUUAAACUGGAAAAACACAUGAAAGUGAUGAGGGCAAAGUUGAAAUGGUGAUAGAAUGUUGGUGGCUUUAAUAAUAUUCCUGGUGGCUGUGACUGGAGCCUGGUUUGCUUUUUGGUAGGAAACAGAGUCAAGGCCUAAGAAGCGCGAUGACAUCAAUU